GUAGUAGUAGAAGUAGUCACUAUGUCAGAUAUUGGACUCGUCCCUCUUGAGGGACUGGAUGAUAACAUUGCACAGUUGGUCGCGAUCAAAAAGAUAGAGGCUCACUUCUCAACAAUAGACAGUCUGGCAACAGUCAACAAUCAUAAACAAUCAUUGAUACAACAAAAGAAGACUGUUGAAGCACAGAUAAAGAAUGAAGUCAAUGGAGAGUUAGAGAGAUCAAAGAAAGGAUUGGAGACAUUACAGAUGUCUUUUGGAAGGAUUGAUAAGGUCAGCGAUAGCUUUCAGUCAACUGUGGCACUGUGUAAAGAGACUUCAAGUCUCAUUGGAUACUACCCAUUGAUCAAGAGAGUGAAUACAGUGCGAUCAAACUUGAUGUCUAUUUUGAAGGAGGUCGAUCGUCUGCUCACCAUCCCCGAGAAGGCUGCAGAGAUUGAACAGCUGAUGGAGAACGACUUGAACAUCCUGAUUGUCCACAAGAAGAUUCGUGAGCUUGAACGAUUGCACAAGAAUGCGCUCAAGCAGUUCGAGUCCAACCUCGAGGAGCUCGAAGCCAUCAAGGACAUGUUCUGCACGGUGCCCAUGCUGAGCGAGCGCUUCGACUCCAAGAUCUGGAACAUCGUGUCGACGUCGAUCAGGGUGGCGCAGACCGCCCCCGCCGUGCUGGUCAAGGUGGCGCAGAUCAUCGAGCGAGAGAAGAUGCACGAGAAUCAGAUGCGCGAGAAGAAGAGCCAGUCGCUGCUGGCGGCCUCGGACGGGAUUGAUCAUGAGCCCGAGGAGAUGGGCGAAGGUGGCACGGGCGAGAAGUUCAUCAACAUCCUGCGUAAUUCAAUCGAGAACAGGUUUGAGCCACUCUUCCUCACUUGCCACAAGGACCUCGUUGCCACGCUGAAGGAGGUCAAUGUUAUGGUCGACGAGCUAACAAUCAUUAUGGAUCAAGUUGCCGAGUGUUACCCACCCAGUUACGACCUCUUCAACUUCUACGUCAAUCAGUAUCACACCAGUUUCUACCGUCUGUUUGAUUCAUUCUCCAACCUGAUUGAGAGUGGCGUACACAACAAUGACUACCUUGCCAGGCAGAUCCCAUCAGCUCACAUCCUAAUGUUAAUUGAAUGGGUGAUGAAGGAAUAUUCAAUCCAGUUAUCUCGUCUGGGCAUUCACGAGAUGUCACAGCCAUUGAUCGACUCACUGGAUCCACUGAUGACUAUAUACAAACUGCAUAUCAAGGGAUUGAUGAAGGAGUGGUGUGACAAUAUCAUCAUCAAUGACAAUCAAACAAGACCAGAUGUUGUCGACGGACAAUACUCCACAUUGGCACCAGUACAUCUAUUCGAGAGUGUUGGUACACAACUAGACAUUGCCAAUGCAACCAAGUGUCAGAAGCUGGUUGCCGGUGUGAUGCAAGAGGUCAUUAUUGCACUGUUAUACUUCCAAGGCAACUUUGUUAGGAUGCUUGAGGAGAGGAACCAUGAGAUCAAGUUUGAGAAUGUCAUUGCCAGUGUCAACAACAACAGCAAGUCUUACGACUUUACUCAAUCACUAGUGGAUAAGGUGUCGACCAUUCUAGACAAUGAAUAUAUGGCCACACUAGACUUUGACCCUGUACUGGACGGCUUCUUGAAUGUGGCACGUGUUGGCACUGUAUCACUAUCCAAGGUCAUCUUUAGAGAUCUUGACGACACUAUCAAGAAGUUCUACUCACCAGAGUGGUACACAGAGGAUCUUAUGCAGCCAAUCGUCAACACACUGGAGGACUACUUCACCAACGACAUCCAACGUUAUAUAUUAGAGAACUACAUGAAGAAACUAUCAUUACUAUGUCUGGAAACAUUGAUAGAGGCGAUACUCACGCAAUUGGUUGGUGGAAGGAAUCAGUUCAAGGAGGAUGCAUUCCAGAGAAUGGGAAGUGAUUGCGACAAGCUGUUGGACUUUUUCAAGAAGUAUCUUAGACUGUCUGUGGCCACUGCCAGGGUACAAGUGUUGGAAGACUUUAAACAAUUGAUCACAUGUGACCAUGGAAUGAUACCGAUAUACUUCCAAUCAAUCAUCAAUAUACAUAAGGACAUGAACGAUCGUGUCGUGGAGCUUGUCCUACUGCAACGUGUUGAUUUGAACAAAGGACAGAUUAAUGAAUCACUAACCGAGGUGAGGAACAUCAUGGCAAAGUCACAGACAGAUCCAAAUGCACCAGCUCCAACAGGUAUCUUCUCCAGAAUGAACAUCUACAACAAGGGAUGGUUCGGU